AUGGCAAACCAACGUCAAGAUCCCUUAACCACCUCCACUAAACCAAGUCUAAUCAAAGAAGAACAACAACUUAAUGAAGAAACUGUGAGCUUGCAAGCUGAGAGUCUUGUAAACUCACUGGCCUUCCCCAUGGUUCUCAAAGCGGCCUUGGAGCUUGGCGUCAUCGAAACGAUCACAGCCGUAGAUGAAGGUGUCUGGCUCUCGUCGUAUGAGAUUGCGCUUCGUCUCCCAACCAAACCCGCUAACCCGGAGGCACCGGUUUUGUUGGACCGGAUGCUGAUUUUACUAGUCAGUCACUCGAUCUUGAAGUACCGUAUGGUCGAAACCGAAGAAAACGGAAAUUCAAAGAGGGUAUAUGCAGCUGAACCGGUUUGCAAAUUUUUCUUGAACGGUGGAGACGGGUCGGGUUCUCUUGCGCCUCUCUUCAUGGUCAACUUAAGCGAAGUCUAUUUCAAGACUUGGACACAUCUCAAAGAUGUGAUAUUAGAAGGAAAGGAUGCAUUCGUCUCUGCUCAUGGCAGGAAGCUUUUCGAAUAUAUUGGUUCGGACGAACGAUUCUCUCAGAAAUUUAACCGGGCAAUGUCGGAAGCUUCCACGUUGACCAUGAAGAAGGUUUUAGAAGUUUACAGAGGAUUCGAAGAUGUACACACUUUGGUGGAUGUGGGAGGAGGAAUUGGAACUGUUAUAAGUCUUGUCAUUUCCAAAUAUCCUCAUAUUAAAGGCAUCAAUUUCGAUCUAGCCUCGGUUUUAGCCCAUGCUCCUCUAUAUCCAGGAGUGGAGCAUGUUUCAGGAGACAUGUUUAUAGAAAUUCCAAAAGGAGAUGCUAUUUUCAUGAAAUGGAUACUACAUGAUUGGAAUGACGAAGACUGUGUAAAAAUUCUAAAAAAUUGUUGGAGAAGUCUUUCUGAAAAAGGAAAGGUGAUAAUAGUCGACAUGAUUACACCUCUAGAACCAAAGGCCAACGACUUUUCUUCUAACGUUGUGCUGGCGAAGGACAUGGUGAUGUUAACGCAAUUAUCGGGUGGUAAAGAGAAGUCCCUUUCCCAGUUCGAGACUAUGGCCUUUGAUUCGGGUUUCCGUCGUUGUGAAAUUAUUUGUCGUGCUUAUUCAUAUUAUGUUAUUGAAUUUCAAAAAUAAUUUCCUGAAGCUUUCCAAGUAAAACUGUGAAUCAUCUCGUUCUUGUGGGUGAUGGUUUCUUUGUGGGUGUAAUAUAAUUGGUGUGUUGGGUUGUUUUCUUUUUCAAAAUUGUGGUGACUGUCAAGUGUCAACAAGGUGCAAUAAAGAAGUACUAUCUU